UAUAUACGGACUGGUCCUGCAGCACGUUGUGUUACCAGCAGGUCAGGAAGAGGAGUGUGUUGACCGUCCUCUGUUGCUGUGUGAGCCAUUUAUUCACACUUACCUGACCGUAUGGAGUGAGCCUGGCAAGCUUUUUGUGUAGUCCUUGAGGAUCUCACCCACAGCCGACAUGUCGGUGAACCGCUGCGUUUGUUUCGUUUCUCGGCUUCAGCGUCACUUUAACUCCCGGACUGCUCGCAUCACCACCAGCAGCUGUCAUGUGUCCUCUGGGUCUAGUUUGUUACAGGGACAGCAUCGACCCGGUACAGUGGUCUGGAGCAGGGAUGUUUCGUCUAACAGCUCCUCUCCGAAACCUCCGGACACCUCGUUGUUUGUCCCCGUCUCCCUGAAGGCAGACGCCUCGGCAGACGGCGGUGUGGGAAUAGAGCUCACCCAGCCGCUGGAUAAAAAUGAGCUGCUGAAGGUUCUGAAUCGGUUUUACAAAAGGAAAGAGAUGCAGAAGCUGGCAGCGGACUCGGGUUUGGAUGCUCGUCUGUUCCACCAGGCCUUCAUCAGCUUCAGGAAGUAUAUCCUAGAGAUGACGUCACUCCCCGCCGACCUGCACAUCAUCCUCAACGACAUCUGCUGUGGAGCAGGUCAUAUAGAUGACAUCUAUCCAUACUUCAUGCGUCACGCCAAGCAGAUCUUUCCCAUGUUGGACUGUAUGGAUGACCUGAGAAAGAUCUCAGACCUCAGGGUCCCGGCCAACUGGUACCCCGAGGCACGUGCCAUCCAGAGGAAGGUGAUUUUCCACGCUGGGCCAACUAACAGUGGUAAAACCUACCAUGCCAUCCAACGCUACCUGGCUGCUAAGUCUGGUGUGUACUGUGGCCCCUUGAAGCUGCUGGCCCACGAGAUCUUUGAGAAGAGCAACGAUGCUGGUGUACCAUGUGACCUGGUUACUGGAGAGGAGAGGACCUUUGUAGACCCAGAGGGUCGAGCAGCUGGUCAUGUGGCCUGCACCAUUGAGAUGUGCAGCGUCACUACACCGUAUGAGGUUGCUGUAAUCGACGAAAUUCAAAUGAUCCGAGAUCCUUCCAGAGGAUGGGCAUGGACCAGAGCUCUGCUGGGUCUCUGUGCAGAGGAGAUCCACGUGUGUGGGGAACCUGCUGCCAUAGACUUUAUCAAAGAGCUGAUGUUCACCACUGGAGAGGAGGUGGAGGUUCACAAUUACCAGCGUCUAACUCCUUUCUCAAUACUGGAUCAUGCUGUGGAGUCAUUAGACAACCUGAGACCAGGAGACUGCAUCGUGUGCUUUAGUAAAAAUGACAUCUAUUCAAUCAGCAGGCAGAUCGAGGCCAGAGGGCAAGAAUGUGCUGUAAUCUAUGGGAGCUUACCUCCAGGCACCAAGCUGUCCCAGGCAAAGAAGUUUAAUGACCCUGAUGACCCCUGCAAGAUUCUGGUUGCUACAGAUGCUAUAGGCAUGGGCCUUAACCUGAGUAUAAAACGCAUCAUCUUCAACAGUCUGGUGAAGCCUAAUGUUAAUGAGAAAGGGGAGAAACAGAUGGAGACCAUCAGCACUUCUCAGGCUCUGCAGAUCGCUGGCCGUGCUGGGAGGUUCUCCUCCAAGUUUAAAGAGGGAGAAGUUACAACCAUGCACAGAGACGAUCUCCCCGUCCUCAAAGAAAUACUCAGUCACUCUGUCGAUCCUAUAGAGACUGCAGGACUCCAUCCGACUGCAGAGCAGAUAGAGAUGUUUGCUUACCAUCUGCCCGAUGCAACGCUGUCCAACCUUGUUGACAUAUUUGUCAGCCUCUCUCAGGUGGAUGGUUUGUAUUUUGUCUGCAACAUUGACGACUUUAAGUUUCUGGCGGACAUGAUUCAGCACAUACCGCUUAACCUGAGGUCACGCUAUGUCUUCUGCACUGCUCCCAUCAACAAAAAGCAGCCUUUUGUAUGUACCUCCUUCCUUAAGUUUGCCCGUCAAUUCAGUCGAGACGAACCCCUGACGUUUGACUGGGUCUGUCGCCACAUCAGCUGGCCUCUGGCUCCACCCAAAAACAUUAAAGACCUGGUUCACCUGGAAGCUGUCCAUGACGUGUUGGAUCUCUACCUCUGGUUAAGCUACCGUUUUAUGGACAUGUUUCCAGAUACUGCCUCAAUUAGAGAAAUCCAGCGGGAACUUGAUGAUAUCAUCCAGCAGGGUGUGCGAAAUAUCACCCGGCUCAUCAGAGCCUCUGACCCAACAGUCACUGACCCACUGCAGGCGCAGAGCAACAGGCAUAGCCAGACAGGAAGGGGAACUGGUAGCACUAAGUUUUUGACUGGAAGCAGAGGUCAAAGGGGACAGAGAGCCUCAGGACAGAUGAUGGACAGCUCUCUGGCUAGUCGUUUGGUGAGAGACGGGCUGUUGACGCCCGAUUUGCUCCAGCAGCUGCAGAGGGAAUGGUCUAAAGAUCAGAAGCAGGACAACAGCAGUCAGAGGGCACUCGAUCUGGAGCAUCAGAGUAAUAACAAAGGGAAAAGGAAAAAGAAGAAGAAAUGAAGAACCUGUUCAUUUUGCUUCAGUGAAAAACUGACAUCAGCCUUACAAAUCAUCUGGUGGUUUGUUGAUGUUUUAAGCAUUUAAGACGGAUGUGAGAACUCCUUCUAGCACUAAAAGUAUCCCAGUAAGCGUUGAACUCCAGCUCUAAAACUAAAAAAACACCUUGUUCCUGUGCUACAGAUCUAACCAAAUGUUUUCUUCUAAUCAACAAAUGUACAAACUCACUAAAGCUGGAAAAUGUUUCUAGCUCCAGUUGCUGUGUCUAUGAAGGAUCAAGUGUCUGGUGAGAGAAUGUCCUCUUUGUGACACCAAUAACUGACAGACAUCAUUGUCAAAUGUGCUGUUUCAGCAGCAUUUGUGACACCAGAAGACACUGAAGUUCAUUAAAUGCUUGAAGUUUUCUCAGUCGUCAAACUCUAAUACGUAAUUUCUAUGAACAUUUCUUUAACUGAGGAAAAAAGUGAGAGCUCGAACUGGGAAUAGGCCUGUUAUACAGAUAAAAUGUCAUAUUUUUCUCUUUUUUUGUAUGCUUGAAAUGAUAUCAUAGUAAACAGUAUUUUAAAUGUGUU